GACACAGAUUCCUGGACAUUAGAACUAGAAGACCUUUUUGCGACUCUCGGCAUUGAUGUAACACUUGAGUGUGGAAAUGAUCUCUUCCCUGCGUUCUUCAACAGUUGUGAGGCUAUACAAGACAUCAUCCAAGUAGCCAAAAAUGUUCUUGAUCACCAGAUAUUCGAUCAACAAGACUACACAGUAAUGCAUUCAAAAGGUGUCACAAUUUACACAUCGUCUUCGUUAUUGAAAGAAAUAACAGAAGCACAGCCAGAAAUACCGAAAGUUGCAGAUUAUUGCUUGAAUAAGCAUACACUUGGACACCCUUUUGUACUGAUCGUGGACAGAGAAAUGGAAUCAAUUCUGAAAAAAAGGAUAGAAUAUCCUCUGAUAUAUGUAAACAUGAUGUGUGUGUUAUUAUUGGGCACUUUAGAAGACGACACUUACAUUCCACCUAUGCGCAACAUUUUCAUUAAGUACGCCACCGUUUCAAACAUAUUAACAUCUACUGACGACAUUCUAGAACGUACCGCAUUUUCUGUUUUGACUGGGUUUGUGAAAAGAUUCAUGGCACUGUAUGGAAAUUUAGACGAACGAACUGAUGUAGAAAAGGAAACGAUGCUCUUUAUCUAUGCAUCUGCACGAAAUACGUACGCACGAAGCAAGGUGCCAAAUUGCGAAAGGCCUAGUAUACCGGAGACGAUAUAUCAAUACCCAGCUAACAUUGAUAGCGUGAAAGCUGACCUUCUUCUUAUAACAGGGGUGAUUGGCUGUUCAAAGUCCUGCGGAAAGAUUGAAGUAUGUAUUGAGCGUAAGGUUUUUGAGGAUGUUACGGUUAAAGUUCAACAAAUCGCAUAUGCAAAUAAUAUAAAUGUGAAAUGUGUCAGCUGCACGUUCACAAAAUACUUUUCUUCUGGAGAUAAAAUUGAUGUGAAUACAAAAUUCGGAACUCUAGGGGGAUUCGCACACAGGUAUCCUAAACCAUGUCAAGGUCAGAUGACAAAUGAACACAGUGCAGACGGGGAUCUUGAUGGCAAUCAAAGGAGACUUGCUGCUGUCACGGCUAAGCACAUGACAGCUGCGUGUGGACAUGGACGCAUGGAUCUUGUUGUUGAUGGUCAAAAAAUUGGACAUACAGACUUGAGAGAUUUAAAACAUGAUUUCGAUGUACUGCCUAUUGACGUUUACCAAAAAUACGAAAAGAACUGCGAUCUUCGAUUUAAAACAGAAAAAGGAAAACACAUGUAUGGCGUACUGAUAAACGAUGAGCUAAGACAAUGUUUACCAAAAAUGCCCGUGUUUAUAUGGGGAGCAAAAUCAUCACCUGGGUUGGGUAGAAUUGAAAAUAUAAUGGAUAUGUCUGAUGGAAUUUACAUAACAAUAACAGACCGCAAAGAGGGUUUUUCGUUUUCCAAACCGGGCGACAGUGGUGCUAUUAUAUGUGGAGAAGAUUUGAGAGAAAAUACUCUUUAUCCAAUAGCUGUUCUUUCAGGAGAGUUAGAAGGGUCAUCGCCACCUCGAUAUGUGGCUGUACUUAUGAAGGAAUCAUUUGAACAGUUAGGUAAAAUAUACGCGUCUGAGUACAAAUUAUGUAUCGAUGAAAGCUAAACAAUUAGAAGAACGUAAACAUAUUUUAUGUUCAUCUACUUAUUUGAUUUGCCAAUUAAUCAGGUUUUGUUAUUAUUUCAAAGUUGUUUAAUUAUAUACUGUGUCAUAUCAAUAGAUUUCGAUAAUUACAAGUGAAUAUACUUUAUGCUGAGUUGAUCUAGUAUCAAAACAUUCAUAUAUUCGUUUUCAGAAUCUAUGUAUAAUGGCCAAACUGAUAUCUUAUUACUUUAGAUCACACAUUAUUUUUACCAUGCCCCAACUGAUAUCUUAUUAUUGUAGUUCAAACUAGGUCAUACAUAAUAUUUACAUAAGAGAAAAUACAUAUUCACAUAAAAUAAUGUAUACAUAUAGAUACACUAUUGUUGUUAUUAUUAACAUAAUUCAUUCGUAUGCAACAAUUUAAAUUACUUCCCUUCAACAAUAUAAUCUUGAAUGUAUUGACGACUAUGACAUUUUACUUUGAAUUACUAUUUUUAUGCCCCCAGAUCAAAUGAUCAGGGGGUAUAUUGUUUUUGGCCUGUCUUUCUGUCUGUAUGUCUGUCUGUCUGUCAUUGUAUGUGUG